AUGGAAGAAAUUAAAAUAAGUUUAGACGGGAACUAUUGUAUUACGGGUGAAGGUGAGACAGCAAGGAAGGUGAAGAGGCUUCUCGAUCUCAAGUACGGUGUUGGAUGCUCUGUCGAUGGACACAUCAAGUCCAGUGGCUUGACCAUACAGAUAAAAACUGAGAAUGAGUAUGUAGUUAGACCUAAAAACUCGAGUACUAUGGAUCUCAGGCUACAACUCCCAAAUACAUUCGACAAUCUGAAAAAUUACUUGAUAGAAUUACUGGCUAAGCCAGUGCGCAAUGAUUUAUUCGGUAAUACAAGAACACCCGUCGACAAUGAAUUUUUGGCUGCAGAUGGCUGCCCAAGUGGAGGCGCGGUGGAGACUGCAUUUGGAGGUACAGACGCAGAUACAGAUGCAGACGCAUUAUAUUAUUUAUUCAAUCAAUACCAAUCUUACAAGGACAAGGAUAUUUAUUUCAACGAUGGAACGAUACUCUGCGCAUCAAUAUAUAGAUGGAUUUCUCAACUUAGCUCAGAGUUCUUAUUUGACGAUUUAGAAUUAUUUUUCAACACUUAUAGACUAUACCUCAGCUCGAUGGAGUUGGCCAACUUAUUAUUUAAGAGAUUCGAGUGGACGCUGCAGGGUGGUGAUGAUGAGCCUGCUUUAGAACUAGUCAGGGUGAGGACAUUUGUCAUGCUCCGAUCAUGGAUCUCCAACUACUUUGGCUUUGAUUUCGUGCCCAACUUAGACCUCCGUCUUAAGUUGUCACGAUGGAUUAAUGAACAGAGGAAGAUACAGAAUGACAAGUCCGUAAAGAUGAUCGAUAAGCUCAUCAAUAUAGCCAAGGAGCGUCAAAGUGUUUAUGAAAUUUACAAGAAACAUUCGCAUGAUGGUAAUUUGUCGUCGUUUGAUAGUAGCAAUUCCAGCAGAAAUUCCAGCACCGACAAACACCUCAGUCUGGACUUUGACCCAGGUCCACCAACCUAUCUUCCCUCUUCCACAUCGUCUAGAAUGACAGCGAGCACAGCACCAUCAACGUCAUCACCGGUAAAUGCAUCAGAGCAUAACGAUUCAAUUGCUGACACAUUCGUCAAAACGUUUAACAAAGUCGGCAAAAUUGGCAAAAUUGGUAAGCGUAUAAUGUCCAACAAGCCACAGGUAUUCGAUAGUGAUCAAGAUAACAAUGAGGAUCAAUUCAGAGAUGAGUACACAGUAACGAUAUCGUUUCAGGAGUUCUGUCAACUCCAGGAGAUUGAUGUAAACAAUAUUAUACCCAAGAAUACAGACAAGGAUGAUGAAAGUAAUGACAAAAUCAAAAAUAACUCAAUUAUGACCAAAUUUUUACAAUUAGAUGAUAUAGACAGCGAUAUUGAUAGUGAUGAGGAGGUGGAUGAAGAUGUGGAUGAUUCAGCGGUAAAAGGGAAGAAGUUACCACAUACUGAUGGUGCAGCUCGACUUACCACUCAUUCCGAAACAAUGACAGAUUCUCAAGUAGAUAUGGAUAAUUGGCAGAAGACAUUCACCAUUGAGGGGCUUGAAUCUGAUGAAGAAGACGAUGGAGAUGUGAAUGCGGCGUUACGCGCGUUGGAAGGACACAUCGACAAAGUGAAACAAAAGCAAAAAUUACGUAAAGUCGAGUCCAUGAUGCAAAAGUCCAAGAAGAAAAGAAUGAGUCAGAGUCAGGGUGUAGUUAGCACCGACGCAAGUGAAAACUCUUCACCCAACUUAUCACCGAUAAUACGCGCAAAUAGCGUGCUUGGUGGAAGUGCUAGUUUUACUAGCAAUACCAUACAACCAAAACCUCGUUCGCACUCCGUUGCAGUCACUUCACCUUCACUACCCAUAAAUAGAAAGAGAGGAUUGAGUCAUGGCUCAAGCGCGAUAAUAGAUAGCCACAACACGACAAAGAAAUCUGUGUGUAAAUCGUGGAUUUUGGAUUACAAGACGGAGGAGCUCUCUAAACAAUUUUCCCUUAUUGAGAAGGAUCUUUUCAACGAGAUAAAGUUCGAGGAUAUAGAGAAGCUGGACAAUUGGAAGGAGGAGUAUCUUAAAUUUGACACAAUUAUUAAUUGGGUAUCAUUCAUGAAAGAAGUAGCACGUAGGAAGGUUAGCAGUAAUGAAAACUUACACGGCUCAUCUAUCAAGAUCGUGAUAGCAAGAUUCAACAUGACAGUGAGAUGGGUGGCUUCAGAGAUCCUCAUCACAGACUCACCAGAGGAUCGCUCAGCUGUUGUCAGUAAAUUCAUCCGACUUGCUUUCAAGUGUCAGCAGCUGAAUAACUUUAUGACGCUGAUAGCUAUAUUGAGAGGUUUGGAUCACCCUAUCGUCAAACGGAUGGCAGAUACUUGGCCGAAUGUAUCCAAGCAAAGCAUGCGUAUGUUGACGACACUCAAGGUGUUCUGCAGCAAUAGCGACAACUAUUCUAUGCUGCGAGAUAUAUCUAUGACACUCCUCAAUAAGAAGAUGUCAAAUUCGUCGUCCUCCGACAAACGUUUGACUGGCAUAACGAGGGACAGAUCUUCUUCAUCAGGGGCAAACAGCAUCCCGUCACACGAUAUUUUCAGCGGUUGUAUACCAUUCGUAGGAAUGUUCUUGAGCGAUCUCUUUCAAGCUGACAAGUGUCCGAAUUACGUAAAGAAAGGUGACGGUGAUGACAAGUUGAUAAAUAUUCAAAAACUUCGCCUCAUACACUCUACUCGCAAGUCUAUUCAGUCCUUCCAAGCCAAUUCAACGCAGCAGUACGACCAUCGUCUCUAUUUAGAUGGUAAUCUCUACAGAAAGUGUCUCAAAUUGCGCGUAGAUGCGCGUGUUUUGGAGUGA